AUGGUCGAGACCCGCAGUCAGGCGGAGGGCAGGCCCCUCAAGAAGGCCGGGGCAUACGACACGGACGCUUACUAUGCUGAGAAGGACAUGGGCUAUGGCGAUGUGGGCGUGGACCAGGAGCCUGAUGCUGGCCGUACCCAGGCUGACAACAGGGGGGCAGACCCCGACUUUACGGUGACGGCUGACGAGGAUCGCACUGCCACGGAGGAAGCCAGGAGGGACGUCACAGACGCAGACAUGCCCCUGCAGGAGGAUGUGGCUGACCUCAAGGCGGGCGCUGACGAGCAGGUGCAGACGCGUAACCGCGAUGAUUCUGACAACAUUGACAUUGUACCCACCAGCCGCGAGGACGUGGAGCAACAGGUGGGUGGGUGA